CAAAAACAAAUGAACUUGAAGUAAACAAAGAGGUUGUGUUCUGACAAGCACCCCCUGACCACACUUUCCACACACAAAAAAUCUGUUUUAAUUGUAUAUUUACUAUAGCAAGUUUAUUAAAGGAUUUGUGAAAGGAUUUACUUUUCCUGUCGAAGGAUUUACUGGUGAUAGAUCUUAAAGUUAGAGCCGAUACAUUCGGUGACAGAAUGGCAUCCUCAGGAGAAGCAGCAUGUUCUAAAUCAAGUGUUGACGAACCAUCUUCAUCAUCAUCAUCAAGCACCAAUGAAAGUCGUAAACAGCCUGUCAACAUAAUAGUGUUAGGAAUGGCAGGCUCUGGCAAGACAUCUUUAGUGAAACGUAUUCAAACGUACUUGCACUAUAAACAGCUACCACCUUAUGUCAUCAAUUUAGACCCCGCAUGUGCUGAAGUGCCAUAUCUGACAAACAUUGAUAUUAGGGAUACUGUGAAAUACAAAGAAGUUAUGAAGCAGUAUGGACUUGGUCCUAAUGGUGGUAUUGUUACAUCUCUAAAUUUAUUUUCCACUAAGUUUGACCAAGUCCUUAAGCUACUUGAUCAUGUUUCGGAGUCCCAUAAAUAUGCUAUUUUAGACACGCCUGGACAAAUUGAAGUAUUUACUUGGUCAGCUUCAGGCACUAUCAUUACGGAAGCAUUAGCAUCUACUUUUCCUACUAUUGUUGUGUAUGUUAUGGACACAGUUAGAAGUGUCAACCCUGUAACAUUCAUGUCCAAUAUGCUAUAUGCCUGUUCAAUAUUGUAUAAAACAAAAUUGCCAUUCAUUGUGGUAAUGAAUAAAACGGAUGUAGUGGAUAAUGGUUAUGCUGUGGAAUGGAUGAGAGAUUUUGAAGCCUUUCAGGAUGCCUUAGAAAAUGAAACAACAUACAUUUCCAAUUUAACUCGAUCUAUGUCAUUGGCAUUAGAUGAGUUUUACUCAGGCCUUCGUUGUUGUGGAGUGUCAGCUUUAACUGGGCAGGGCAUGGAUGAACUUUUUAAGCUUGUAGAUGAUGCAGCAGAAGAAUUUGAAAAAGAUUACAGAGUAGAGUGGGAAAAACUGAGAGAUGAAAAGAAGAAAGAUGCCACUGUUCAAGCCGCAGAGAAGCUCCGAAAGCUAGCCUUGGAUGAUGAACAGGGACUUGGAACUGCAGUACCUCUAAUUACAACUGGUGGCAAAGGUCAAGAUAUUGUUGAUAUUUACUUAAAACACCCAGCCAAUGAAAGUAGCGAGGAUGAAGAGGGUGAAGAAGAUGACCAGCCACAAGAUGAUGCUGAGAUGAAUGAAGAAAUUACAUUCCAAACCUAUGUUAAUAGUAAAAAGGAAGCUCGGAAGGAUAAAGCAGAAUCAGCCAUUUCUAAAGAGCCAUGAUGUGAAUUUAUACAUUAAAACCAAAUCAAACCAAAA